AUGGAUAAUGUGUCUAAUGUAAGAAGUUUCAUUCUAUUAGGAUUUAAUGAGACAAUGAAUUUCAGAGUACCCCUCUUCUCAGUUACUUUACUGUAUUACUGUGUGAUUUUGUUUUUCAAUAUCUCUCUUGUGCUGCUCAUUGUCUUGGAUGAAAACCUGCAUGAACCUAUGUAUAUUUUCCUGAGUAGCUUCUGCAUUAAUGCACUUUAUGGGUCCACAGGUUUCUACCCAAAAUUUCUUUCAGAUUUACUGACGUCUUCUCAGACAAUCUCCCAUGAAGGGUGCCUUUUACAAGCUUUUAUCAUGUACUCAUUUGUCUGUUGUAAUUCAUCCAUUUUAGCUGUCAUGGCCUUUGACAGGUAUCUGGCUAUAUGUCGACCUCUGCACUACCACUCUUUCAUGAGUAAGAGGAGGCUCUCUCAACUGGUGUGUUUCUCCUGGCUAACACCUUUAUGCAUUUUUGCCAUCAAUGUUGUGCUUACAGCAAGACUUAAGUUAUGUGAUAUAAAGAUUCAGAGAGUCUUAUGUCUAAAUUGGUUAAUUGUUAAACUUGCUUGUCCUGAUGCUGACACCUUUUCAAACAACAUCACAGCAUAUGCAACAGUUAUCAUUUAUGUUUCUCAUGGCUUUUUUAUCAUUUGGACUUACACACACCUUAUUAAAACAUGCACGAGGUCCAGAGAGGACAGGGUAAAGUUUAUGCAGACCUGUGUGCCCCAUCUGACCUCUUUGAUCACAUUUCUGUCUGUAGUUGUUUUUCAGUUUGUGUACAUGCGAUUCGAAUCCACAGAUUUACCUCAAAGCCUCCAAAACUUCAUCGCUACUGAAUUUGUGAUCAUCCCUCCAAUUAUGAAUCCUCUUAUAUAUGGAUUCAAACUCACCAAAAUACGAAACAGGAUUUUGGGUUUAGUUUGUUUUAAAAGAAAAUGA